CUGACCUCUCUGAACAAUUUCUUGAGUAGUUCAUAGUUUACAGCCACCAUCUCCUUCCUCGAGGUUCCAAGUAAAGCAAAAAAAGGGAAGCACAAAGCAGAGCUCUGUCCCCUGCCAAUGCAUCUUUCGCUUUAAGUCUUCUUUUGCUUUUCCCCUUCGUUUCGUCUUCUUUUUCCCAGUGACUACACACAUCGACUUCUCCACAUUCCUCUUUCCUUGCCCUUCAUGGUUUAUAUAGGUCAUAGUGCUCUCUCUCAGUGCUUUGUUCUUGUUCUUGAUCUGUACCAGGAAGAAGCAGAAUAGCAGAAGCAGUGGCACGUAGUGAAAGAUCAUGGAGCUUCUAUCGCAGAUGUGGUCGCUCUUAGGGCUGCUCACCAUCCUCCAAAACAUCCUUCCUUCUCAGCUUCUGGCCCUUCUCCACUCGACGUGGCAGUCACUUCAAGACUCCCUCACCCCUUACUCCUACUUCGACGUGCCUGAGUUCCUCGGCUCCUCCGCCGUCGAACCGAACGACCUCUACCGCCACGUCCACCUCUACCUCCAUCAGUCGCUUAUUUGCUCUGCAGCCACCUCUUCCGCCCCGCCCCGCCUCACCCUCUCGCUCCCCUGCGGCUCUCUCGCCGCCCCUUCGCUGUCGAUAUCCCCCAACCAUUCCCUCGAAGAUUCCUUCGCCGGCCAACGCCUCCUCUGGACACACCACGCCGACACGCUCCAGGACUCGCUCGAGGAGCGUCGGACCUACUCUCUCCGCCUCCCCAAGCGCGCUUCCGCAGCCCUCCUCGGCCCUUACCUCGCCCACCUCUCCGGCGCGGCCGACCACCUCGAGCGCUCCUCACGCCCCCGUCGCCUCUUCACCAACUCGCCUCGCGGAGUGACACCCUCCUGGUUCUCCGUGCCGUUCCGCCACCCGGCCACAUUCGCCACGCUGGCGCUCGAGCCCGCGAUGAAAGUGAGCAUCCUGGCGGACCUGGAUGCCUUUGCGGAUGGCCGAGAGUUCUACUGCCGUACGGGCCGCGCGUGGAAGCGCGGGUACCUGCUCCACGGCCCGCCAGGUUCCGGAAAGUCCUCGCUCAUUGCUGCAAUGGCCAACCACCUGCACUACGACGUCUACGAUCUGGAGUUGACCCGAGUUGCCAACAACUCGGACCUACGUUCGUUGCUCAUCCAGACGAACAACCGCUCCGUGAUUGUAAUCGAGGACAUAGACUGCUCUCUGGAUCUCACCGGCGAUCGGCGUGGUACGGGGAAGUCCACAGCAGCGAGGAUGAGAACGGUGAGGCGUCGACGGCAGCCUUCGCUCGACAACGAGGGAACCGACUCCGAGGACGAUGACGUCGGAGGCAGAGGCAACGACGGGCGCGUGACGCUGUCCGGGCUGCUGAACUUUAUCGACGGGCUGUGGUCGUGCUGCGGCGAGGAGAGGGUGAUAGUGUUCACGACGAACUACGUGGAGGCGUUCGACCCGGCGCUGCUGCGGCCGGGCCGGAUGGACGUGCACGUGAGGCUGGGCGCCUGCGGGGCGCACGCAAUGCGGGAACUGGUGGAGAGAUACGUGGGGUUGAGGGACCACGAGAUGGUGGCCGUGGCGGAGGGUUUCAUUCGGGCGGGAGCGGAGAUGACGCCUGCGGAGGUGGCGGAGGUGCUGUUGAGGGACAGGGAAGAACCAGAGGAGGCGGUGAGGAGCUUGGUAGCUGAGCUGAGGGCGAGAGUCGUGGGUGGAGUAGGCAGCGAAGAGGAAGAGGAGGAGUCCGGGAGGGCGUGGAGUUGGGAGGAGUCGCCGGAGAAGGCGGGGGGAAAGAGGAGGAGGGCCGGUUGGGAGAAAAAGGUGAGGUUUUUGCGGCGGCUGAGGAGCUUGACCAAGUCAGAUGCAGAAAGCAGGGGGGUUUAGACGUUUCGUACGAGAAAGGCUGCAGUUAUUCUUAUUUCCCCUUCUAUGUUUCGACUUUAUGGGUAAGACCCUUUUUUAUUUUCGUUGUUGGUUGAUUUAUAGUUUCGAAGGCGUUUCUUUAACAAGAAGGAACUUACUGUACUGUGUUGUAAGAUUUGUAAUCUUCAGACUUCAGUUGGCGUAUAUAAUCCUUUGGUAUUAAUUUCCUCUUAA